CAAAAGGAAAAAUGACUAAUAAUAAUGCUUGAAACAGCUGUCCCUAAGCGCCAGUCUCAAGUCUUCCACAAUGUACCACUUGGUCCCUGCCACAAAUGUGACGUGCAAAUCACGCGCUAAAGUGCGGCUGAGCAAAAAUUUCCUUACCAAAAAUACCUCGGCAAAGAACAUCAUGGGAAAAAAAAUAUUGCAUGAAACUGGAAAGGACGCCAAACCAGAACCUCCAUUCCGUUUUCUUUUCUUGUGGCGAUUGCAAAACCAGAAGAUAAAAGAGAAAACUUUAGAAAGAGAAAGACCAAUCUAUCUAUCUCUCUCUCUCUCAUGUUCGUUCUGUUUUUUGGCUCUUCUUCCUAGGGCUUUCAACUUUCUCGCCAUUUUCACAAAUUUGGUUCCAUCUGGUUACUAACCCAGGAAAGAAGGAGUGGCUAGUUACCCCAUAGGAGGAGAUCAGUGAAGAAGAAGAAGAAGAAGAAGAAGCAAGAAGAGAGAAAAAGAGAAGGAAGAUAAGAGAUUGUAUAGAAAUAGAAAAGGGAAAGAGAGAGUGGAAUAGAAUAAUAAGAAGAAGAAGGCGAUAUGGGGAGGGGAAGAGUGGAGCUGAAGAGGAUAGAGAACAAGAUAAAUAGGCAAGUGACAUUCGCAAAGAGAAGAAAUGGGCUUUUGAAGAAAGCCUAUGAGCUUUCUGUUCUCUGUGAUGCAGAAGUUGCUCUCAUCGUCUUCUCCAAUCGUGGCAAGCUUUAUGAGUUCUGUAGCACUCCUAGGGGGUGGGCGUGUGUGCACACGGUAGAUCUGGUGAUAGUACAUAGUCAGAUGAAAAUCUCAUCGUUGUAUUACUGCAUGCUCAAAACACUUGAAAGGUACCAAAAGUGCAGUUAUGGCGCUGUGGAAGUGAACAAACCAGCCAAGGAGCUUGAGACCAGGUACCGCGAAUACUUGAAGCUGAAAGCAAGAUAUGAAUCUCUCCAAAGGACACAAAGAAACCUUCUAGGGGAAGACUUGGAUCCAUUGAACUCAAAAGAAUUGGAGCAGCUAGAGCGCCAACUUGAUUCAUCUUUAAAGCAAGUGAGGUCCAUUAAGACUCAAUUCAUGCUGGACCAACUGAGCGAUCUUCAAAAUAAGGAGCAGAUUUUGGUUGAAGCAAACAGAUCUUUGACUAUGAAAUUGGAAGAAAUCAAUUCAAGAAACAACUACAGGCAAUCUUGGGAAGAUGGUGAUCAAAGCAUGCCAUAUGGUUCCCUGGAUGCGAACUCUCAGGGCUUCUUCCAGCCUUUGGACUGCAAUCCCACACUACAGAUAGGGUACAAUGCUGAGAGUUCAGAUCAGAUGACAGCAACAACACAAUGUCAGCAAGCGAGUGGAUUGAUUCCUGGAUGGAUGCUUUAAGUGAUGAUUCUAAGCAAGCAAUUUAGCUGUGUGUAAAUGCUUUAUCAGAUUCUACAUAUAUAAGUUUAUUACUAUAAUAAAAACAACGAGCGCUCUAAACAACGAGUUUACUAUAAAAAUGGCUUGUAAGAUGUCUGUCCUAUUAAACUUUGUUGAUUCAGGUAGAAAUAGCUUAAGUCAAUUUAAUAGGACUUACCUUAAUGGUAUAUUACUUUCAAUCCAUUUUUUAGUCAAUCAAUGUGGGACUUUUCAACGCA